UAUAUAUAUCUAGAUAAUCACAACUGUGUAAAAUUAUUAAUCAAGAAGCUAGCCAGCCUUUAACCAUAAUCAUGGAUAUUAUUAACAAGGUGCUCAACGUUACAAUUCCUCCCAUGUCCCUCGCCUGGUUGCUCUUCGUUCUGCCAACCUAUCUCUUCUGCAAGCUUCUCCUCUCCGCCGCACGACAUGUUUUUAGUGAAGAUGUGGGCGGAAAAGUCAUACUCAUUACCGGAGCUUCCUCCGGCAUAGGAGAGCAUCUGGCAUAUGAGUAUGCUAGAAGAGGAGCUUGUCUAGCUCUUGUUGCCAGAAGAGAAAACCGACUCCGUGACGUUGCCAACACAGCCAUUUGCUUUGGUUCCCCAGAUGUCCUCGCAAUCACUGCAGAUGUUUCAAGGGUUGAAGAUUGUAAGCGCUUUGUUGAUGUAACAGUGAAUCAUUUUGGACGUUUGGAUCACCUAGUGAACAAUGCUGGGAUUGUUCCUGUCUGCUUGUUUGAAGAAACCACUGAUGUCACUAACUUAGCGCCCGCCAUGGACAUAAACUUUUGGGGCUCAGUAUAUGGCACCUACUUUGCCAUUCCACACCUUAAAAGGAGCGGAGGGAGGAUCGUAGCGAUCACUUCCUCUGCCGGAUGGUUGCGUGCACCACGAUUAAGCAUGUAUGGUGUAAGUAAAGUGAAAAAUUGACCUCAUGAA